ACAGGAGAAACAGAAAAUAACAUCUCCACUUUAAAGGAACAUUUUGUGACUGAACUGGGAACAGAAGGACUUUAGUGGAGGGGCUCUCAGAACAAAACUGAAAGCACUCAAAGUUAUCAGCAGGAGGAUGGCUGAGGGAGGCUCGGUUAACAUGCAAACACUACAUGAGUCGUUUAAGAAGUUUGCUUCUUAUGGAGACACCAAAGCGACAGGCAAUGAAAUGACUGGGAAAAACUGGGCCAAGUUGUGCAAGGACUGCAAAAUCAUCGAUGGCAAGACCAUCACCUCAACCGACGUGGACAUCGUCUUUUCAAAAGUGAAAGGCAAAACAGCUCGAGUGAUCACCUUUGAAGAGUUUAAAAAUGCAUUGGCAGAGCUGGCCCCCAAAAGAUUCAAAGGCCAGAGUAAGGAGGAAGCUACUGAAGCUGCGUACAAGCUGAUCGUGGGGAAAGACCCAACAAAUGCCGGUGUAACGAAAGUGACAAAGACCGGUGCUGUUGACAGACUAACGGACACAUCCAAGUACACAGGCUCCCACAAGGGACGUUUUAAUGAAGACGGAAAAGGCAAAGGGAAGAUUGGUCGAGAAGAUGUAAUAGAUAAAACAGGUUAUGUUGGAGCUUACAAAGGAGCUGGCACUUAUGAUGAAAAGCCAAAAGAGAAAUAAUGCUAGGAGUGAUUUCUGGCUUAGGUGCCUUGUUGUGAAUUGGAGAAAUGUUUUGUUUAUUCUGCUGAAAAUUUAAGAACAUUAUAGAAUUUCUGCUUAAAAUCUUAAGCUUUUAAUUAAAAAUAAUAAUUUAAUAUAAAAUAGUGAUAAUCUUCUGAAUGGACACAGCUCAUUUACAGUUUUUUUAUAUUUUGUGUAGAAAGUAGUUAUUAAAAAUAAACAGUUAACACCUAUGUUAAAAAA